GGACACAUCUCAGAUGUCACAGAAGCCGCCGGCCUGGAGCAGGACACCACCAUGACCAGCCAGUCUCAGGGGAUCCAGCAGCUCCUUCAGGCAGAAAAAAGGGCCAAGGACAAGCUAGAAGAGGCCAAGAAGAGAAAAGGGAAGCGACUGAAGCAAGCUAAGGAGGAAGCAACGGCAGAAAUUGACCAGUACAGGAUGCAGAAAGAGAAGGAGUUUCGACUGAAGCAGUCGAAGAUAAUGGGUUCUCAAAGUAACCUCUCAGGUGAAAUAGAAGAAGAAACACGAGGGAAGAUACAAGAACUGAAUGGACGCUAUGACAAGCACAUGGAAAGUGUAAUGCAACAGCUCUUGAGCAUGGUCUGUGACAUGAAUCCAGAAAUCCACGUGAACUAUAGAGCCACCAGCUAAAUGUACAUCAUGCUGUUCAAGGAAAGGUGUGUGGCUGCCACCUGGUUGCAUAUCGCUUCAUGUUUCUAUUAAAGAAUUUGAAAUGCUAAUCUAAAAUUUACUGGACAUCUACAGAUAACGUAUGACGUAAUUCACACAUGGGUACUAAAUUAAACAAACAAACAGAAAAGCAAAACCGUUGUCAUGUCUUUCC